AUGACCAUUUUUAUUUUCGUAGGAAGGGAUUACCGUUUGCCGUCUCUACUGGUCGAUGUUCCUCGUUACGAGAGAUUAACGCCAAACAGGCUGCGUAAGAUGAUUGCUAUAUAUGCUUUUCUCCACUUUAUGGGGGGAAGUAGCAGGCCGGACGGAACGGUCAUCGGAGUCAUCGUUUGUUUCGUCACUGUAGCCACAAAUGCGAGGUUUAUGUGGAUACGUCUCCUUGGUGGAUUCAGACCGAGCUUGUUCCGUUCAACCUUCCAGGAAAGUUCCCCAGUUUUCGUUGGUGCCCACUCUGUUCGGCAUUUCACUAAUUUAGAGGUACGGAAAAACCACCUCGAACAAAAACGCCAUACGUUUCCGUCCACUCAUGCACGCGAUAAUAGAGGAAAACACAAAUAUAGAGCAGUGAAUUCUGCUUUAUAG